AUGUAAGAUAGUUAAAACCUGAAGGAUUUACAGAUUUAACUCAACAGAUUUAUCAGCAGGCUGGAAGAAUUAGAAAGAGAAAAUAAAUACUUAAAGGAAUAGGUAUUGAAUUAAUAAUGCUAAUUGAUGUAAAAUGUAAAAAUAAUUGAUGCAAAAUAUUAAAAAAUUCAUCGUAAGUAAAAUAAAUAAAUUAUACAAAGAUAUUUGAAGUGUCUAUAUAAAUAUGGGAUGUCUUAAAGUUGUCUAACCAAUAUGAUUACACAAUAUAAUAAAUUAAUCGAUAAAUUUGGAAUUGAUGACUCGAUAAAAAUGGAUCUAAAAGGUUGUACUCAAAAAUACGGGGUUAUUUAUGAAAAGAAUAAGAUAAUUGAUGAAGAAGAGAUGAACAAUAUCAUAAACGAGAGAAUUUCAAAAGAAAGCGAAGAAAUAUACACACUCUUCUUUCCAACAAAAGCAUUUCAAUACUUAACAGAUAAUGAUUCAUUAUAAAAUACUAGUACUUUUCAAUCAUUACAAUCCCAAAGAUAUAGAAUGCAAAAUUCUUUGUAAAAUAAUUCAGAAAUGAUCACAGACAAUUCUGAUGAUACUAUAAUCAACAACUUAACUACUUAAAGGUACUUAGAAAAACUGUAAUUUGAUUACCAGAAUGAUCAAACUUUACAUUAUCCUAAAACUUUCAAAGUAGAGAAACUGUUAUAAUAAACAAAUAGAGAUCUAAGUUUGUAAAAUAUUACAGACAGAUCACAAAAAUCGAAAUUUGAAAAAAGAGGAGACAACAAAUAGGAGCAAAUUAAAAUAUCACCACUAAAAUCGUUGAAUUAAUCAGGUAUUGAAGACAGAGUGAAAAGAUUUGAUAAUUAAGAGAAUGAGGGAGGGUAUCCGAGAAGGAGAUCAAGGGCGGAUAGAAUUAAAUAGCAAUAAUGA